UAUGCUCAAGUUAAUGGUCAAGCAAUGCAUGGAUCACCGACACAGCAUCAUCAAAUGAGAUUGUUUUCUUCAAAAGAACGAAGAAAAUCUACACGUUCUAAAAAUGACCCUUACUGGUUAUGCAAACUGCAAAAAUCACCUACGGAAUUUAAACCUAAAUUUAAAGAAAAUCCAUAUUCUUAUGUGGGAACCCUACCAGCUUUAGAUAUCACAAAUCUUCAUCGCGUAUUUUCUACAUCUAAUACAAUUCGAAUUACUGGUAUUAAUAACAGACAUAAAAGCCAUAUGUCUGUUGAUGGUAAAAGGAAGAGUAGUUUCAUAAGGCAUUGGAAAAUAUAUGGUCUAAUAUUGAGUGGUAGUCAAUUGAUGAUUUUUAAAGAUGAAGCAGGGUUCAAUUCACAAAUGAAAAA